CAACCCCCAACAACGGUCUACUUUAUAGACUGUGACAUGGGUUUCUCUCUCUAAAAAAAAUUAAAAAAAGGAAAAGAAAAGAGAAAAAUAGCCCUUUCUCUCUCUAGAAAUGGUCAUUCUCAUUUACUCUUCAAAAUCAACACGCUCACGCUCUCUCUCUCUAUCAUUAUUAAUUAAAACCCUAAUUUAUUAUUGAUUGGUUUAGUUAUUGGCGAGAAUUGAGAGAGAGAGAGGUGUGAAACUGAGGGAGGAUGAUUGAAACGGCAGCGCUGGAUUUUUUGGUGCCGUCAUGGUGGGAGAUCAAGGUGACGGUGGCGGCUGCGAUGUUUGUGAUCUUGUCGUUUUGUUUUUUCUCGUGGAGUGGAGGUGGCGGCGGAGAUGGUGGUGGUGGUGAUCGGGCGGUGGUUUUGGAGAAUUCUGGAGAUGGCAUUGAUGAAAAAGAUAAGAUGGGACAGUUGAAAGGAGAUUCUCAAGCCAAUUCUGCAUAUAUAAUCAAGUUGGAAUUGUUGGCAGCUAAGAAUCUCAUUGGUGCAAACUUAAAUGGCACUUCAGAUCCUUAUGCAAUCAUCACUUGUGGUUCUGAAAAACGUUUCAGCUCAAUGGUCCCUGGUUCAAGAAAUCCAAUGUGGGGAGAAGAGUUCAAUUUUUCUGUUGAUGAGCUCCCUGUUCAGAUUAAUGUGACAAUAUAUGACUGGGAUAUAAUUUGGAAAAGUGCUGUUCUUGGUUCCGUAACUGUUCCAGUUGAAAGUGAAGGUCAAACUGGUGCUGAAUGGUACACAUUAGAUAGCCCAUCAGGACAGGUUUGUCUCCAUAUUAAAACAAUAAAGGUGCCUGCAAAUUCCGCCAGGGCUGUAAAUGGAUAUGCUGGAGCUAAUCCUCGAAGGAGGAUAUCUUCAGAUAAACAAGGACCUACGGUGGUUCACCAAAAGCCUGGGCCUUUGCAAACAAUAUUUAGCCUCCUUCCAGAUGAGGUUGUUGAGCAUAGUUAUUCAUGUGCACUUGAAAGGUCAUUCUUAUAUCAUGGCCGCAUGUAUGUCUCUGCAUGGAACAUAUGCUUCCAUUCUAAUGUGUUUUCUAAGCAAAUGAAGGUGGUAAUACCAUUUGGGGAUAUAGAUGAGAUUCGUAGGAGUCAACAUGCAUUUAUUAAUCCUGCUGUAACAAUUAUUCUACGGAUGGGUGCUGGUGGACACGGUGUUCCCCCUCUAGGAAGUCCUGAUGGUAGAGUCAGGUAUAAAUUUGCAUCCUUUUGGAACAGGAAUCAUGCAUUAAGAGGGCUGCAGCGUGCAGCAAAGAACUACCGCACAAUGCUAGAAGCAGAGAAAAAGGAGAGGGCAGAAUCAGCACUGCGUGCACAUAGUAGCUCCAUCAGGAGUGGUACAAGGCAAGCCAAUAUUCCUGAAGAUGUUGUGCAGAAAGCUGGAAAGCUUCAAGCUUUCAUCAAAGAAGAGGUUCUUGUUGGUAUAUACAAUGAUUUAUUUCCAUGCACUGCUGAGCAGUUUUUUAAUAUAUGUUUGAAGGAUGGCUCAACUUUUAUAAACGAGUAUCGUUCAGUUAGAAAGGAUUCAAAUCUUGUUAUGGGACAGUGGCAUGCAGCAGAUGAGUAUGAUGGUCAAGUGAGAGAGAUAACAUUCAGAUCUUUAUGCAAUAGUCCCAUGUGCCCCCCAGACACAGCUGUGACUGAAUGGCAGCAUUUUGUUCUGUCACCAGAUAAGAAAAAGCUUGUGUUUGAAACUGUGCAACAGCCGCAUGAUGUUCCCUUUGGAUCUUACUUUGAGAUUCACUGUCGCUGGAGCCUGGAGACCAAUGGUGAAAACUCAUGUGCAAUGGAUAUAAAAGCUGGUGCACAUUUCAAGAAAUGGUGUGUGAUGCAAUCUAAAAUUAGGUCAGGGGCCAUCAAUGAGUACAAGAAAGAAGUAGAUUUGAUGUUAGAAAUGGCACGCGCGAGUGCUAAAUCACACAUGUCCAGUGGUGAGACGACGGACAAGUCCUCGUCCUCUCCAAUUAUAACACAAGAUAGUAGCUAAUAGCCCCAGUAGUAUUUCAAGUCCAUUAUUUUUUGGUUAAUUUUGUUGUAAUGUCAUCUUGUUUAAAUUAUUUGUAUGUAGAGGUCCUCGCAAUGGCCAUGGGUGUUCUUAUCCUGUGUGCUUUUCGUAACUUCACCCUGUCUCCUUGGAGAUCAAGGGGUGUGUUCAUGAAAUGUUUUAUCAAACCGCAAAUUCCUCGUACCAUAGUUAAACAUGUGCUUAAUGUUAGCAAAACAUAUUGAUAAAGAAAUUAAAAUAACAUACACAUUCUCAUUCUCGAAAGAAAAGAUAAA